ACAUAUUCUCAACUAAUCAACUUUACAAGACAGCCAAAUUGGGCCUUGGACCAACUAACUCGUUUUUCAAGUUCGAACUCCAUGCCCACAAGACACCAAGCCUACCGGGCAGGGCCCAAUUAGAUCUCCAUUUAAAUGCACCCAAAUCCAAAAUCUCAACCGCCAAUUCCCUCGCGAAUGUCAGAGAGCGUCUCGCAGCAAUUCUCUCUCUUUCGCUCCCAGAUCAAGAGCAGAAGAUUCGACGAUGGAACUCUACGAAUUCUUGAAUCCGUUUUGGUUUCCAAGGACGUGAGAUCGUUCCUUGAAGUACGAUCGAGCUUGCGAGAGUUCAUGAGAUCUGAAUCUCUCUCUGUUAUUCGUGAAAUUGCAGAGAAAAACGUUGAGCACAAGAUUUUGAUUCUUGAUUUUUUCGUUCGUGCUUUUGCUCUUGCUGGCGAUGUUGAGAGUUGCCUGGCUUUGAGAUAUGAGGCCUUAGUUUUGCGGGAGCUCAAGUCCACAAGUUACCAAUGGCUGCAAGUUUCACAUAUAGAAUGGCUGACCUUUGCAGAGCAGGCACUAGAUAAUGGUUUUUAUUCAGUUGCUGCAAAGGCAUGUGAAAAUGCACUUUUAUCCCUGCAGAUGAAUGAUAUUGCUGAGCACAGAGCUGACGAGUUAUCUGGAAAUGUGCAAAUUAUUGAAAAAAUUAAGAGACUCAAGGAUGUAGCUCUGGCUUCAGUUGUUUCACUUUCUGUUCAGGCACAGGCAACAGAGCAUUUGAAGAAGAAAAAUCAGAAGAGCAAAAAGAACUUUUUGUUCAAUAAAGGAGCACACUGUUUAGCAAGCACACUGUUCACAAGUGGAAUUAAGAAGCAGAAUGCUCGAAAAUUGCUUGAACACCAAAGGCUGCAGCCGUUUACUUAUCAAUCUUGACGUCCUUGCCGGUUCUCCUUUUGCACAUGGGAGCUUAUCUGACAAAAAAAUUGCGGGCUAUCCCUAGAUGCAAGUCUGUGAUGCUGGAAUUGUGGACAUCCUUUUGUAUAUAUUUCAAAACACUUACCUAACCAAAGAAGAUAGCAAUUUUCCCACAUGGAUGGCUGGCAUUACUAUACCCUAUUGUACCAUGACUGGGACACUUUUUCUCAGAGAUGGGUCACACCUUUAUCUCCUCCUACCCAAAAACAAUCCGCUCCAUUUUGUUACUGUUUUUUGACUCCCACGUGAUUUGUCACUGUUUUGAAUCUAAACACCGGCUAAUCAAAAGAGGGUAGUUGUAUCA